ACCUCUUGCCGAUUGCACGCCUGCAGAAAGAUCAGCGAUGCUGUCGACCGGAGGGCAGGCAAGCGAGCAGCAACCCGAAUCCGUGCGCGAAGAACAGCACCCCCCGUCUUGCACAAGCAAAGGUAUGCACAAAAUACUGUCGCUCCCGUGGUGCAUGUCGUCUGGAGCACCGGGACAACUGAUGAAAACCAUAUGGAUAAUGUGUAAUGUCAUAUCAUUCGUGAUGAUGUACCAUAUGUCUGCCUUCCUUCUGAAGUCCUUGCUCGGACGACACACACGUCCUUCGACAUGUGCGGUCGCUGCGAGCUGCGACGUGUCGCCAACCACUGCCAUUGGUGCUGACGGCUUCUCCUUCCCCCAUCCUGUUCCUGUCUCAGGUCUGGCUGCGUCAACGAUCGGAGGUCUGGAUACUGAUGGAUCAGCAAAGGAAGCACAUUCGCUCUGCCAGGUACGAAGCGCGGUGGAUGGUCCGGUCCGACUUGGGCUGUGAUGGCGGAGGACGGAUCAAUGAUGCGCUGCGACCGUCCGACAAUAAACACAUUUUACCGCCAGUAUUGGACACGUCCCGUUCGAUGCGAUGGGUGGAUGGAUGGGUGGAUGGGUGGAUAGAUGGAUGGAUGGAUGGAUGGAUGGAUGGAUGGAUGGAUGGAUGGAUGGAUGGAUGGAUGGAUGGAUGGAUGGAUGGAUGGAUGGAUGGAUGGAUGGAU